AUGAUGUUGUUUGGGUUUAUUUUAAUACUACUGUGCAAUAAAGAUGUCAGAUCUAAGGAUCUGGUAACUGUUAAUUUUAUCAAAAGCUUUGUCAUAAAAGAACAUAAGCCUACAUAUUUAGUUUGUUACGGCUUGUGCUGGAAAAAGAACCAAAACUUAAAUCUUUUAAAAGAAUUAUCCAAUGGAGGAAUAAGAUCAAUAUUUUCAACACAUACAAGUACAUAUCAAGAACAUGAAACUAUGUUCUUGAUUGAUUUGGAUUGCCCUUGGUCGGAAGAACUGUUUUCGAAUGAUUCAGCGAGUAAUUUAUUUGCUUUUCCUUAUCGUUGGUUGGUGCUGAAUUCUUUAGAAGAUAAAUCAAAUAUUUUGAGUGAUGUUCCACUAUCGCCUGGAAGUGAUUUUGUGUUGGCAAGUCGAGAAAAUGAUACUUUCACAUUACACGAACUUCAUAAAACUUCGUCAAUUGGUGAAGUUAUAUCCAAUCGUAGAGGCUAUUACAACGGAACCUUCUUCGACAUAAGACCUCAUAAAGAGCUUUUUCGAAGACGGCAAAAUAUAAUGGGACAUCCUUUAACUAUGGCGAACGUGAUUCAAGACAGCAAUAGCACACAGUACCACCUGGAAGAUAGACUAGAAGCGCAACAUGAUUCAACAGCCAAGAUAUCGUGGAUGGUAGUGAAACUCGCCUUUCAGAUGUUGAAUGCUACUCCGCGAUACAUCCUUAGCCAUCGAUGGGGCUACAAACAAAACGGAACUUGGUCAGGAAUGAUAGACGAUAUACUACAUAACAGAGCUGAUUUGGGGACCAACUGCGCAGUGUACACAGAACGUUUGGAUGUGAUUCAAUAUACUGAUACAAUAGCGCCUUUUAAAGUCGGCUUUAUCUUUCGCCAGCCACCACUUUCUUACGUGACCAAUAUAUUUUCCCUCCCUUUCUCAACUGAGGUGUGGCUAGCAAGCAUUGGAUGUGUUGUAUUCUCUAUUAUUACAUUAUACUUUGCUAGUAAAUGGGAGGUUCGACUACAAAGGACUCCGUCACAAUUAGAUGGUACUGUCAGUGAUGCAAUGCUUGUAACUAUUAGUGCUUUUAGCCAGCAAGGUUGCACGCUAGAACCCAGGAAAGCUUCUGGUCGAAUGAUGCUGUGGGUGAUAUUCACAGCGCUGAUGGCGCUUUACGCUGCGUACUCGGCAAACAUUGUGGUUCUGCUUCAAGCGCCAUCAAGCGCUAUUCGAACUUUGACACAACUAUCACAGUCCAAGCUCACACUGGCCGCUAACGAUGUAGAUUACAACCAUUUCGUUUUUGGAAUGUAUUCAGAUGCAAUUCGAGUCAAAAUCACCAACAGAGUGAAGCCAUUAAAAGGUAAAGCACACUUUUAUGAGAUCAAAGAAGGUGUUGAAAGAAUCCGACAGGGCUUAUUUGCAUUUCACUCUAUAGUGGAACCAGUGUACCGCCGCGUAGAGCAGACCUUCUUAGAGAUGGAAAAGUGUGACUUGGUAGAGGUGGACUUUAUGAUGGGAUUUAACCCGUUUGUACCUGUGAAGAAGGACUCGCCGUAUUUGGAGUUAUUGAAAGUCAGCUUUAAGCGAAUCCGCGAGUCUGGUCUACAAUCGGCUAUAAACAAGCGCCUGCAAGUUCCAAAACCGAAGUGCACGCACAGAAUAUCCGCUUUCAAUAGCGUUGGAAUCCUCGAUCUCUGGCCAGUCCUGGCUCUCAUGCUUUACGGGACAGCUGUCUCCUUAGUGAUACUCCUAAUAGAGAUGAUGACUUUUAAAAUGUACGUGGUAAUUUAA